GCCUGUGAUGCACUAAAAUACUGCGUGUCAUUUUAAAAAAGAAAGUGGUAUAGAGAAAUACCUCGCUUGGAAAUAUAACCCUUCAGGUUGUUGAACCCGUGCGGCAACUAAUGUCGGUACUUAUCAUCACUGGUUCGGAUCACGUUACGUAUUAAGCAAGAAAGCACAAACUGAGACACCGGAGUAUCUCUCUAAGGCUAAUAGCGGGGAUGUGAAAGAGGGGUACCGAAAUGACUUCCCUCUACACGUUUUAUCAUGAGGGUGUGAAAGAAUGGCAGCCAAGUGUCUUCUCCUUCCAUGGCUAAUGGUGGGAAUGUGAAAGAGAGGCACCGAAAUACCUCGUCCCUCUACGGCCUCGGAUUGGUGAGCAAGCUUUUCAGACACACAAUGAUUGCAACACAGUCUACACACCAACUCACUGAGUCACUCAUAGUUCUAAUACUCUCAAGCUUCGCCAUGACUGGGAUUCUCGAGCAAUAUUCCUCAGAGAACGAACUUGCUCUUUGAGUUUAUUUGCACAGUAUAAACAAAAGAACUGGACAGAUCCUGUUCAUAGUAUCAUCAUGUCGGAUUCAUUAGUCGAAAAAUGCUGCCCGCCUACAAUUGCAGAAACGGAUUCAGGUGUGCUUGUAGAUGGUUUUCAGGCGACUUCCUCUCUCUACGAUAACUCCCAUUCUUCACUUGCACACAAUUGGUCCCCAGUAUGUAGUACAUAGGCACUUACCUGUGCAUCACUGAUGAUAUGCUUCUAGGGAAAAAAGCUAUUUGUCGUGUCAACUGGCCUCUUCAUAAACUUCAACACAUGUCUCAGUGCAGCACUUCCAACUGGUGCACUGGAAACUCUCACUGCAGCGUUCAAUGUGACAAGUCAAGAGCAAAAGGCACUUCCAGUAGCUGUAUUCUUGAUCGGCUAUAUCUUUGGACCUCUCAUCUUCGGACCCAUGGGCGAGUCUUAUGGGCGAAAAAUUUGCUUUCUAUCUUCCUUUGGCCUGUACACAAUUUUUACAUUAGCGUGCGCUGUUGCACCAAACUGGCCAUUGUUCCUGCUCUUUCGAUUCUUGGUGGGAGUUGGAGCUUCGGCACCGCAGUAUAUUCUGGGAGGAAUGUAUUCGGACAUUUACCCUAACUUACUUCACCGUGGAAAGGCAAUGAUGAUGGCAGGUCUUAUGAAUAGUUUUGGUCCGCUUAUUGGUCCGAUCAUUGCGGGUUAUACGUCUACCACGAACUGGCACUGGAUGUUCUGGAUUGCUCUCAUUCUUGCUGCGUCUAACUGGCCCUUAUUGUUGUUCCUCCCAGGUUCGUCUCUCAAUAUCUCGUUUUGGUAAUGCAGAAAGCUAAAACUCGAUGAACUUUUGCCUAGAGACCUUUGCUCCUAUUAUCAUUUACAGGCUGCAGAAAACACAAGAACAUGGAUUGGUGCAACCCACUGCUGGAAAGAAUAUGAAAGAUCUCGUCACUAUAGCUUUUACAAGACCUAUAAAAAUGUUCGCCGAGCCACUCGUCCUCUUUUCCGAUCUUUUCCUCGUCUACCAAUACAGCAUUUACUACCUUUAUUUCGAAGCUUAUCAGAUCAUCUUCCAAGGUGAGUAUUUACCAUUCAUAUCAGGAAGCUCCAAAGCUAAUCUUGUAUAGGGCCGUACGGCAUGACCUUGGGUCAGGUAGCUCUCCUGUUACUACCAAGUGAGUCUUCGUUAGUAUUCUACUGCAGCAGCCGUUACUAACUAGAUCACAGUUGGUGUAGGUGGCAUCAUAGCCAUGUUCAUCUUUCUCUGGUAUGACCACUUUCUCUCGCAGAGUAAGCUUACUGGAAAAGAAUGGGCUAUGCGCGAAGAGUAUCGUCGUCUACCGCUUGCAUGCGUUGGAGGACCUCUCUACGCGAUUUCUCUAUUCUGGCUGGGAUGGACAGCGCGUCCAAGUAUUCAUUGUAAGCACAUCUACUACACCACAUCAACUUACCUUCAAUAUUUUGUUACUGACAGUAACGAGGGUCCGUACCCGCUCUUUCAGGCGUCGUGUUCGGCAUUGGCAUUGAUCUUACGUUCAUGGCGCUGAAUAACUACAUCACGGAUGCUUAUGACAUAUAUUCGGCUUCUGCUCUUGCUUCAUCUGUGUUGAGCAGAAAUAUUGCAGCUGCACUGCUGUUACCCUUGGCAACCUAUCAGAUGUAUGAUGCUCUGGGUGUUGCGUGGGCUUGUAGUUUGUUGGGUUUUGUCUGUCUGGCUCUCAGUCCCAUUCCAUUUGUUUUCAUUAAGUAUGGACCAGUCUUGAGGAAAAGGAGUAAAUUCUGUCAGGCGAUUGAAAGGAGAGAGCCAUUGACGUGAAGAUGUACCACACAGCCACCAACCUCAGGUCGGCCCACUUCCGCUCAGCCAAGUUUUUCACUAACACAAACCAUUUUAAUCCUCGCGAGGGAGGGUAUAGAAUUUGUUACUACUGAGGGCACACCUCAUAUCUUCGGUGUGAUAAUGCUGUACCCAGCCCAAAUCCGCCAAGUGUUCGUGAUGGUAGUGGUGGGAGUGACAAAACUACAUGAGCUAGAAAUGACUUCAAGAGAGCGCUGCGUUCAUCAGCAUAUCAUAUUUCAAUUUUGAGUUGGAUAUUGUGUUUUUCUACAAGAAAUCUCAUACAAAGCUUUACAAAGAUCAAUUACCUCAGCUAAACUUAACUUCAGUUCCCUAUCUUUCUUUCCUGGGUCAUUUUGGAUCUAUCUAAGUGUUACCGAAUAACU